AUGCAAAAAGAUUGCACGAAAAUUGGACCCUCUGUACCGAAAGUUGAGGUUGUUGAAAAAGUGCGAGUCAAAGAGCUAAGUUCUGCGCCUGACACCGCAAUCGAGGCUGUGGUUGUUGCUCAUGAUGACCACUGGCAGGGACAGCCAGCGCCGUUGAGUGAAAAAUUGAUUCAAACUUGGCGGCGGUUUUACGAAAAGUCGAUUUUCCUUUCGGUCAUUGUGGCCUUGUAG